UAGAGUCAUUUUUCAGUUAUCACUUAUCAGUGACAACUAUGGUCUAACUAUGGUCUAUGGCAGUCUAUAUCUGCAGAUAAUAUUUAAUGUGAUGUCAAACUAGCACCAUCAGGGUGUUAAUGUAACUGAAAUCUGUCAGUGUCAUUGUCGGGUUUGGCGGUGAACGGAUUUAAGCAGUCCGCUAAUCACUACUCUGCUCACAGGCCACAGCAGCUGUAAAAAUAUUUGUAAUUUGUUAUGACAAGACGUCUAUUCUCGUUUCCUUAUUUCAAGUUAACGCAUCGGGUCGGUUAUCAGUUAUCGUAUUUUGUGACGCGUGCGAAAUUAAUAUUGUGCGUAAAUUUUGAAUGAAACUAUUUAAGUUUUAAUAAUUCGUCGAAGUUUUUUUCUUCUUUUACAACAUAUACAUUAACUGCAUACGUAAUUACAGUGCUAACCUCACGAUAAAGAGCCAUGCGCUUUACCUUAUAACAGUACCAUUUAAGUAGAAUUUUUUUUGACCAAAGAUGGAUAGAGGAGAGAUAGAAAACAGUGAUUUAUUGACUGGAAAAAUCGUAGAGAAGUUAGACGAUCCAAAUAAUAUUCGAAAUGUUGCAAAAGAGCCUCCAGACGGAGGUUUCAGAGCAUAUUCUAUUGUAAUUGGAUCCUUUCUAACAAAUGGCCUACUAUUCGGCGUAAUCAACUCCUUCAGUGUUAUUUAUACCGUGUUGAACAAGCAACUACAUGAUGAAAACGUACCAGAUGCAGAGAGCAAAGCAGCGUUUGUGGGCUCGUUAGCGUUGAGUAUGACGUUUCUCUUGUCUCCAGUAUCCGGCGUACUUACCGGUCUCCUGGGACUGAGACUAACAGCUGUCCUCGGCGGCACUGUGGCAACUGCAGGCUUGGUCAUCGCUUCCUUCGUGGUUCAUAAUGUGGAAGCUCUGUACUUAACGUAUGGAGUCAUGUACGGUAUCGGCGCCUCGCUUGCGUACACUCCUUCUCUUGCAAUCCUUGGGCAUUACUUCAAAAAGUAUCUAGGACGUGUCAAUGGCUUCGUCACUAUUGGUAGCUCAAUUUUCACAGUCAUCAUGUCUACCGUUAUGAAAUAUACAAUUGAUAAUUAUGGCCUCGAAUGGAUGUUCAGAAUGCUGGCUGUCAUAAGUUUCGGAAUUGCGCUAUGUGGCUUGCUUUUCAAACCUAUCCCGGUCGUGGUUAUCGAAAAGCCAUCCCAAGAGACAAAUACCAUCAAAACGAUUAUGAAGACAAUUGUCAAUGUACAAAUAUGGAAGAACCGUCAGUAUAGGCUGUGGGCCAUUUCUAUGCCGGUGGCCCUAUUCGGUUAUUUUGUUAUAUAUAUACACAUAGGGGAUUUUAUUCAAGAGAACUUUAAGAGCAGUACAUCGAACUUGCCUCUGCAGUGUAUGGCUGCUACUUCCGGCUUGGGGAGAUUGAUGUUUGGCAUUUUAGCUGAUAGAGACGGGGUAGACAGAAUUCUUUUGCAACAAAUAUCAUUUUACGCUAUCGGGUCGUUAACAAUAAUUUUGCCCUUUGUGAAGUCUUUUGAACUGCUGCUUGUUAUUUGUUUAGGAAUAGGAAUGUUCGAUGGCGGGUUCAUAUCAUUAAUAGGACCGAUAGCUUUCGAAUUUUGCGGGAGUGUAUACGCAGCUCAGGCCAUUGGAUGUAUGUUGGGUUUAUCAGCAGUACCUGUGUCUAUAGGACCUCCCGUGGCUGGCAGACUGUCUAAAGUGUAUAAGUCGUAUACACUACCCUUUGUGUUAGCCGGGUUAUCUCCCAUCGUUGGUGCUACGUUGAUGUUUAUAAUACGAUUCCGUUCACGAAGUCGACAUGUCAAAGAGGCUACAAAUGGACAUGCUUUGCCGGCGCCUGAUGUUGAAAGUACACCAUCGCUUCGACCGAACGGAGUGGGUCAGCAAACAUCAUUAUAACACUGGCUAGAACUGUUUACAAAACUAUUAAUAAUAUAAGUAGUAACUGAAUCUCUCUACUAUUUAAAAA